AUGGGGGCGCGGAAGGUGGGCCUGCUGGGUGCGGCGGGCGCGGUUUUGCUUGCAGUGCUCUGUUCCGCGACAGGCGCUUCGACGUUCCUUGGCCCGUCUCGGGCCCGAAGCGCAUCUCGCAUCGUGCGCCAGGCAGCACCGGCCAGUGUGGGUAAGCCAAAAGAUGCUCGCAUUUUGGAUGACGAGGACAUGCUCUACUCGGAGGAGGAUGAGUAUGGCGACGAGUUCGACGAGGAGGAGGGUGACUACAUGGAGCUAGAUGGGCCUCCUCCGGAGGUCCUGGAUGGCUGGGAGAAGGAUGAGAUGGCCAUGGCCCUCCUGGCGAACUUCCAGUCGGAGGAGUUCGAGGGCAAGAAAGUGAUGAGUUUCCGCGAUGUGGCUAUGCUCCUGGAAGUCCUAGGCCUGGAGCGAGAGCAGUUCGUCGCCAUCUUCAGCGGCCAGGGCGGCAUGGAAGAUGAGUUUGACGACGACUUCCUAGAUGAAGAGGAAGAGAUGAUGCUGAAGGAGCAGGCACGCUUGCAGCUUUCAGCCUCUGUGCGAGCCUUGCGCGAGCCUCCUUUCCUUCUCACCGCUGACACUUCAGUUUUCCCAUGCUUGGGAAAGUAA